AUGAUGCUCUCGUCCUAUGUGACUUUCCUUCUUAUCUCAAGUCUUUUUACCAUAAUUUUCUGUGGAAAUAUCGAACAUACAGUGUUACGUGGUGUACCAACUUCAUUACAUUCGAAGUAUGUUCCAUCAAAAAACUUUUCUUGUCUUGAUGGUUCAUCAACAAUUCCAUUUGAAUUUGUGAAUGAUGAUUAUUGUGAUUGUCGAGAUGGAAGUGAUGAACCGGGAACAUCAGCUUGUCCAAAUGGACAAUUUUUCUGCGAAAAUAAAGGUUAUAUUGGUACAUUAAUACCAUCACAUUUAGUUGGCGAUGGUGUAUGUGAUUGCUGUGAUGGUUCUGAUGAAUAUGAAACAACAAUUGUUUGUAAUAAUACAUGUUUUGAAUUAGCUCAAAAAACUAAAGCUGAACGUGAAGCAAAACAAGCAUUACAUGAAGCAGGUGUAAUUAAAAAGAAAGAAAUUAUUGCUACAUCAGUAGUUACUAAAGCUACUCGACAAACACGUCUUAUUGAACUUGAACAAGAUUUACGAAAACUUGAAUAUGAAUUAAAAGGAAAAGAAGAAUUAAAACAACAAGCUGAAAUUCCAGAAAAUGAAGCCAAAGGAAAACAUCAAAAACUAUGGGAAGAACAACGUGCUGUACGUGAAGCUAUUGCACGUGAUAAUCAAAUGCGUGAAAUGUUUGCCGAUUUAGAUACUAAUAACGAUUCAUUAGUAUCAAUUGAAGAAUUACAAAAACAUACAGAACUUGAUACUGACCAUGAAAAUGAAUUUACAGCUGAAGAAGUUCGAUCAAUUCUUGGUGCUGAUUCUGUAAAUUUUGAUGAAUUUAAUGUGACUGUAUUUGAACAAAUAUCAAAUUCUUAUCAAAAAUUACCACAAAUAUCAAUUGAAACUUCUGUUAAUCAAGAUGAUUUAGCUGCAACAACAGAAGCACAUUUAAAACAAGAAGAAGAAGAAGAAGAAGAAUCAGCAGCAGCUACAGAAGGUGAUUAUGAAGAAGAUCUUAGUCAUCAUGAAGCAUCAACACAUGUUGCUACAUCACUUGAUCAUGGAAAACAUAUUCAUGAUGAUACAGUACCAGAAUAUGAUGAUGAAACAAAGAGAUUAAUUGAAACAGCUGAUCAUGCUCGAAAUGAAUACAAUGAAGUUGAAAGAAAAGUUCAUGAUAUUAAGCGACAAAUUGACGAUUUAAAAAGACAAUCUGAUGUUGAUGUUGGAAUUCAUGGUGAAUAUUCAGCAUUUAUUGAUCAAUGUUAUGAUUAUGAAGAACGUGAAUAUACCUAUCGAAUAUGUAUGUUUAAAGAUGCUAAACAAAUUCCAAAAGGUGGUGGUAGUGAAGUAACAAUUGGAUAUUGGGAUUCAUGGUGUGGACCAACAGAUAAUAAAUAUUUAAGAAUGAAAUAUGCAAAUGGUGCAACAUGUUGGAAUGGCCCAGCUCGAUCAUUAACAGUUACGUUUCGAUGUGGAAUUGAACAUAAACCAGUUGAUGUAAGAGAACCAACACGAUGUGAAUAUGCUAUGUUAUUUGAAACACCAUCAGCAUGUGAUGAAACUAUUGCGAUAGCAUCAGUACAUCCUGAUCAUGAAGAAUUUUAA